AUGAGCAAUAUAAUUCAUGACCGCAUCGAGUCCUUUUCCAAAGCCGGGGGUUUUGAUAUGGCGAAACCAGCCGCUGAGCAAGGUUGGCUUGGUGCAGUAUCCGACAGCAUUGUUUUGUGGGCACUCAAUGUAAAUGCGAAUCAAAAAUUGAGCCCUUCGCUCAAUUUAAAAAAAGCAGAGGGUGGCACAAAACAUAGUCUUGAUUUUGAUUUACUGAAUAUCCAAAAAUACUGUCCACUUUUACAAGGAGCUUUCCUUGAAAAUUUACGGUGGGAGUCUGGCGAAAUGCUGUACCGGUACAUUAACGAGGACUUCACGUUAACAGAAUCUCAUGACGCAAAGGUCUUCAAUCAUGAUGUUCCCCAGACAGACAUCCUCAAAAAGGGAGAAUAUAUCGCUUUGUCUCAUGGCACCCAUCAAAUGGACGAUCGAUAUUUUCCAAAUCCUGAAACAUUUGAUACACGCCGCUUCUGUACUGAAGAGGGUCAAAAUUCUCAAAAAGAUGAUCAGUUAUUCGAAGAGAACAACGGCAGUGAGACAGAUACUAAAGAUAGAGCAAAAGUUGAGUACAAAACUAUGUUUCCCUGGGGAGGUGGCGCCAGCAUGUGCUAG